AUGAAGCCGGCGCCGUAUCUGAAGCACAUGGCGAAGCUGGAUUUUUGGCGUCUAGUUGUCUUCUCGGACGAAAAGAAGUUCGACUUGGACGGCCCGAAUGGAUAA